CUCUAAUUCUUAUGGAAAUAUCAAUGUAAAAAACUGCAACUGCAACAAAACUCUCUAAAUCCAAUCCCUUUACUGAAAUAAAACUCGCUAAUUCAUCUUCCUCCAUUACUGUUUCAAAACUCUCUAACUCCAGGCUUCAACUAGCACACUUCAAGGCAGUACUGCAACAAAACUGACUAAUUCCUAAUCAUAUGAUAGUCAUUGGCAACAUAUUCUUCAAACAGAAAGUGGGCAGUUCCUUCAAAAUAGUUAUUAUUUUGUGUUUAUAUAUUGGCUACACUGUACAGCAGUGCAUCUUGGGAAAUUGUUUGUUUACUUCAUUAGUUAUUUCUGUUUUGUACAAUAUGGCUGAUCCAGAGGUAACCUUAUUACAAAGCGGUAAUGUUGAACCAAUGCCUGACAAUUCCACGAGAAAGAGAAAAAGAAGAGUAGAUAACUGGAAGAAAACCAAGGACAAAAAGAAGAGACACUCCGCUCAAGGAUUCCCAAAUAUUCCAACUUGUGGACAUCGUGAAAGAGCUAACGGAUCCAAGCACUGUUAUGACUGUUCCCGUCUUAAUAUGCAGGACAUAAGACGUUUUCAUCAGGGGUUCUACAAAUCUUGCAAUAAAAUUGGACCAAGAUCAAUUUAUACUGAGGUACGCCAAAGGAAAAAGUUCCAAAAAGACAUCGGCUUCAAGGUCCUCAUUCUUCUGAAAGAGGACAUUCUUACAUCCCACCCGAUAGAGUUUUUGGGGUAA